UCUCUGAAUAUAUUUAAAUGUGCAAGUUUAUAACAUCUUAUUAACUGACGCUUAGCUUUAUUUUUUUUUUAAAGGACGCUGGGCUAACUUGGCUAACUGUUACCGUUGUGUUUUCUUACUGAAUGCUGUUGUACCAGCCACCCCCCAUAGAGAGAAUUGAUGAUGCUGCAGUUUAGUUCAUUGUUUAUCGCCCCUAUUAGCUUUUUCUUUCACAGUCUACAGAUUAAAUUGCAUAAUUCUUUGUUUAUUCUGUGAUUAGUAGAGCGUGUCCUUAUAAAAUAAGCUAGUCUUUAGUAGCACCUUAGUUUGACUAUGCUAGUUUCGAAUAUGAAUACAAAGAGAUUUGAGUUGAGCUAAUUCUUUUGUUGUUUCACUUUAUAUGAGUCUGGACUUGCCCAGCAGUUCUCUUGAGAGCACGGAGGGAUCUUAGUGAAAGGCUGAAGGAUGGUCUGAUGGACCGCCGCUUUUUCCUGACCCUCCUUUUUUGCUCAGUGUCGUGGGUCUUGUUCUGGGAAGUAAGGUGGAAGAAAAGAAAAGAGAAUCAGAUUGAGGAAUGGCUUCAAGAACAUAGCCUUUCUCAGCACAGGCACUUAUUUGAAGAUGUGCAGACACUGGAAGAAUUGAGUCUGAGCGCACUGAGUCGUCUAGAGGAGGUGGGGAGAGAGCAGCAACGCUGGAGGGAAAUUGCCGAAGCUCACAUCAAGCUGCUUCGAGACUUUGCCUUCCAGGAGUGGCUUAGCUCCCAGAAUCUAGAGCACUAUCACCACACACUGAAAACCUUGGGUUGUAUGAAUCUGGAUGACCUGUCUCGCUUUGACAGUCAGCUGCAGCUCUCUUUAUCUGCCUGGGGUUACUACUACGAAGACUACAUAAAGCUGUCUACAGGCAUCAAGAUUCUGCAGACCUCCAGGGGGAGUCGAGACCAGGACUACGAGAUCCGGCUGGUGCGCAGCCUUGCUGAGAGGCGCCUGAAUGAGAAGUGGUCAACUGCGGGUGCUCUCCUUUUUGGCUGUACUGUGGCGCUGUGCUUUUUGAUAAGGGACCUCAUGUUUUACGUGAUUGGUGGAAUUACUGUUUCCAUCAUAGCGUUUUUCUUUACCAUCAAGUUCCUCUGUGAGCUUGCAGCUAGGAUCGUUAGCUUCCUCCAGAAUGAUGAUCCUGGGAGAAGGGGUGACCGCAGCAUCUACGACUAUGUCCGUGGCAACUACCUGGACCCACGUUCUUGCAAGGUAUCCUGGGACUGGAAGGAGCCACAGGAAGUCGGGCAGACAAUGACCUUUAGAGUCCAGCUUUUCUACAAGAACGGUCAGCCUUUCCCUGCACACCGGCCUGUGGGUUUGAGGGUGAACAUCACUCACAUUGAACUGGCUCUGGACAUCCCUGUCACCCAGGAAGUUCUGCAGGAGGCAGAGUCCAAUAUUGUCAAAGUGGCCUUUACGGUGCGUAAAGCAGGACGUUAUGAGGUUGCUGUAAAGCUGGGUGGCCUCAAUGUGGCUUACAGUCCUUAUUACAAGAUCUUCCAACCAGGUACAGUUGUUCCCUCUAAAACCAAGAUAGCCUACCAUUUCUCCACACUGGUGUUGACAAAUGGCCAGCAACACACUUUGCAAAUUGAACCCAGGGACGAGUAUGGAAAUCCCACCAGUAACUCCACAUCUCUCACGGAUGAAGAAAACUACAGUGUCCAUGUUCACUCUCUUGGCACAGUGGAUGAUGACAGUUCAGAUAAUUUCUACUCCAAGUCAGUCUCACUCAACAAGCAGCAGUGCCAAGUUUUGUUGAGACUCAUCCUGAGAAAGACGGGCUGUUUCAGGGCCCGGAUCUCUUAUAAUGAUCAGCCACUCAGCAACGGGGAGUUUGACAUUAUUGUUCUCAGUGAGAAUGAAAAGGCCUCCGUGGAGAAGAACGUGUCCACUCCGGGCAUUAGCAUCUAUUUUGAGGCGUAUCUCUACAGUAGUGGUAACUACAGCAAUUCCUCCUGGCAGUUACCAGCCUCCUCUCUGUUAGCUCCUCAGAGGAGGCCCUCUAUGGGCGAGGAAGACGAGGAGCAUGACUCUCCUGUGGAGGGUCAACCAGAGAAAGUGAAGAAACCAAAAAAGGUCUACUGUUACAUAUCGCCAAAGCAACUAUCUAUAAAGGAGUUCUACCUGAAAAUUAUUCCAUGGCGCCUUUUCACCUUUCGAGUAUGUCCAGGAACCAAGUUUACCUAUUAUGGUCCAGAUCCAGUUCAUAAGUAUUUAACUCUUGUUGUGGAUGAUGGCAUCCAGCCUCCUGUGGAGCUCAGCUGCAAAGACAGAAACAUCAUGGCUGCCACCUUCAUUCGCUUUCUGCACAAAAACAUUGGAGGCUCUGAAACCUUUCAAGAUAAGGUAAACUUCUUUCAACGUGAACUCAGGCACAUUCACUCCAAGAAACCUCGCACCAAAACCUGCCUAAAAAUCACUCGACAUGCUAUUCUAGAAUCAUCACUAAAGGCAACAAGAAACUUCUCUGUGUCAGACUGGAGUAAGAACUUUGAAGUUGUGUUCCAGGAUGAAGAAGCUCUCGACUGGGGAGGCCCUCGCAGGGAGUGGUUUGAGCUCAUCUGUAAGACCCUUUUUGACACGUCAAACCAGCUGUUUACUCGCUUCAGUGAAAACAACCAGGGCCUUGUGCACCCAAAUGCUGACAGGCCACCCCACCUGCGCCUGAAGAUGUACGAGUUUGCUGGUCGCAUCGUCGGUAAAUGUUUGUAUGAAUCUGCUUUGGGCGGAUCCUACAAACAGCUGGUCCGAGCUCGCUUUACACGUUCCUUCCUGGCUCAGAUCAUUGGCCUAAGGAUGAACUACAAGUACUUUGAGACAGAUGAUCAGGAGUUCUACAAAACUAAAGUCUGCUUCAUCCUAAACAAUGACGUGAGUGAAAUGGACCUGGUGUUUGCUGAGGAGAAGUACAAGUCAGGCCAGCUGGAAAAGGUGGUGGAGCUGAUUUCAGGGGGAGCUCAGAUCGCUGUCACCAAUGACAACAAGAUGCAUUACCUUAACCUUCUUGCUCAGUACAGACUAGCCAGCCAGGUCAGGGAUGAGGUGGAACAUUUCCUGAAAGGUUUGAAUGAACUGGUUCCAGAGAAUCUGUUGGCCAUAUUUGAUGAGAAUGAGUUGGAGUUGUUGAUGUGUGGAACGGGGGAUAUAAACGUCCAAGACUUCAAAGCCCAUGCGGUGAUUGUCGGAGGAUCAUGGUACUUUAGAGAGAAGGUCAUGAAGUGGUUCUGGGCAGUGGUGUCCAGUUUCACUCAGGAAGAGCUGGCUCGUCUGUUGCAGUUCACCACUGGCUCCUCUCAGCUUCCCCCUGGAGGAUUCAACACACUCUGCCCCUCAUUCCAGAUCAUUGCAGCCCCUACACAUAGCACAUUACCCACUGCACAUACCUGUUUUAACCAGCUGUGCCUCCCUACAUACGACUCCUACGAGGAACUGCACAAGAUGCUGAAGCUGGCUAUCAGCGAGGGCAGCGAGGGCUUCGGCAUGCUUUGACUCCUUCAUCACUGUGGUUCCCCUCAUUCACAUAAAGACCAGCACUUCUUCACAGCCCAGGUUUCCCGUUUCCUGCAUUAAUUUCCGCCCAACAGCCCCAACAUGUUGGCGGUCCCUAUAUUUCUCUGUCACGUGUUCAGGAUGUCCCCUUAAACUGAAUAAAAAUAAAUGGGACUCGAGUCAUAUGAACCUGGAUGCUACUAUUUGUAAAUACCAUUUAAACUAGAAAUAGAAACUUGUGGCCUCGUAAAAAGAAAUGUGACAUCGGAAUCAUUUCUGCUUUCCAGAGUUUGCUUUAGCUUAAUGCGCUUUGAAAGACAUAAGAACAAAGGCCUUGAGUUGUAUUGUAUAAUAAUGGCUUCUUUUGCAUUUUGCAAACGGAGGAACACUUUAAGUGCAACAGCAGCCUCACCAUGCUGUGGGUGACACAUCUGCAGCACUUUGGCCUUAAACGAUCAGGGACUGAUGUGUUUUUAUGUAAAUAUAUAAGCUCAUUGCUUAAGUUCAAGCACUUGUAUAGAUUAAUAUGUACAGAGAUUUUCUUUUGACCGUGUUCUUUAAGGAGAAGGGAUUUGGUCAUUGCUGCAUGUAUGGUAGGGUUAUGCUUUUUUGUUUUGAUUUUUUUUUUUGCCUGCCAGAGGUGAUAAAGGGGUUUUAAAGUAAGCCAAGUAGUUUCUGUUACCUGUUUUUACCUUAUGAAGUUUUGGGAAAAUGUAUUUUUUGACCCAUUUUAUCUUUAAUACCCUGCCUUAUAUAUUCCCCUGCCUCUGAUUGUAACCAGAUAGGUGCUUUUGUUAGAUAAUAGGUCACACUAAUAGGAAAUAAAUUAAGGAAGUUAGUCAUCAGCCCCUAUAUAAGACAAUUUAUAUAUAUACAUGUUUUUAUUUUAUAUUUUAUUUGUCAUGUCUUUAUGGUUUCUCUCAGGAUGUCCUCUUCCACCUAUGCAUCUACAGCUCUGUACAUGUCUACCUUCACUUUUCAAUCUAUAGCCCUAUGCUUCCUCUUUCUGGCUAAUUUAUUGGAGAGCGUUGUACUUUUUGGGAAUAUAUAUAUUUUUUUCUGUUAAGUUAUUGUGAAACUAUUUAUUUCAAAUGCUUUGAGGGUUUUCUGUGCUCUAAGCCAACAGAUGUUCUCUGUUUUAUUUCUGUGCAUAGUUGUUUAAACAUUUUUUUCUGUUAAUUGUUUACAUGAUCAUUAGUCAUUUUGUAUUUAUAUACCUAUAGGGGUGUUUGUAGAGCAUUAAGUCCACAAGAGGAUUGCUUUUUUUUUUUUUUCUGCAUAUACCCCACAAAAACACUUUGAAUGCAGUUUUACUCUUUGCUGGCUUUGGUUUCAGCUUUGCCGCUCAGAGAUUUGGCUUUUCAGACAGUGAGAACAUUAAGAGUGGCUUCGUUAGCCGGCGCUCUGCCGUGUUAAGAGGUUUGUAACAGUAUUUACAGAUUUGUUCUGCUUUGGAAUGUGCAAUGUUUGACCUGAUGUACUGAGGGAAGUGCUGAAAUGUGAAUAUUUCAUCAGGGUGACAUUUCAGGACGAUUACCAAUGACUGCGUUCGUGUUUAUCUGUGAGGAUGAGAGGUUUAAGCAUUAGUUGUCGUAUAAAUCUUCUAAACAGAUAAUAAAAUGAAGGAGGUUUACUUUCUGGUUUUAUGUUUGUGUUUUUCUUUUCCAAAACAUCAACCAGUCGACGUAAUGGUUGAAUGUUUUUCUGAGUUGAGCCUGAGCGUGACUUUUACUGAUGUACAUAUUGUGAAAUAUUUGCUCAUAUUUUUGUGGGGGGAGGGCGGGGGGAUCCUGCUU